AUGGGUCAUAUGAUCAAGGUACUUAGGGCGAGACUAGAUGAAAUUGCAAUUGAUAGGAUCAAAUUUGGCUUCAAUGAAUGGACUACAGAGACACAGUCUGAGAAUAUGAAAAGACCAAAUAUGCACUCUUUUGUACGUGGGGAACAAGUCAUUGGGAGAGAGAAUGAUAAGAAAGCUUUUAAAGAGCUAUUAUUCGAUUCCAAUAUGAACGAGAAUGUUUCCAUCAUUCCCAUAGUUGGGAUAGGUGGACAAGGAAAGACCACACUUGCUCAGUAUGUGUACAAGGAGGAGAAGGUCAACAGACAUUUUGAUAUGAGGUUGUGGGCAUGCGUCUAUGAUCCUUUUGACGUGAAAAUUAUUAUUGCAAAGCUCAUAGAAUUUGCAACUACAGAGAGACCUAAAAGCCUUGAGAUGGAUCAAUUGCUAUGUCAACUUCAAGUAGAAAUUGAUGGGAAGCGAUAUUUACAUAUUUUAGACGAUGUAUGGAUUGAGAAUCAUGAAAAAAAUGAAUAUGGUGGCAUAGAAAGAAAUGCAAAUGGUGAUAUUUUCAUUUGCGAAAUGCAUGAACUUAUUCAUGAUCUUGCAAAGUCAAUAGCACGAGAGGAGUGCAUAAUUUCAAAUCCCGACGCAACAAGAGUAGUUGAAAGAACUCGUCAUGUGGCAUUUGAUUCAUUAAAGUCAUUAUCGAAUAUUCCAGCAUCCUUGCUUAAGGCAGACAGAAUGAGAACGCUUCCUCCACGAUUUCGAACAGGGCCUAGCCAUAAGUCAUUCAAUCUUAUUUCAAGUUUUAAGUACUUUCGUGCUUUGAGUUUUAGUCAUAUUCAAGAAGUGCCUAACUCGAUCGGCAAGUUAAAGCAUCUAAGAUUUCUUGAUUUGUCUUGGAAUGAAGAUAUAAAACUACUUCCCGCUUCUAUAACUACUUUGCAUAAUUUGCAAACACUAAGACUUGACUUUUGUAUUGCGUUUGAAGAAUUGCUAGAAGACACUAGAAACUUGAUCAACCUUCGGCAUCUCGUGCUUUAUGCAGCGUGA